UUGAAAUUUGGCGGCGGGCACACUACCGUCUAUUUGCAUUUAUUAUUAAAAAAAAAUAAGAAUCAGCAGUACCGAGUGUUAAGUGCCAGCCGAAGUCCAGGACAGCAGGACCCGGAUUGAGGCAGAUUAGGUAGCAGCGGCGGCAGAGCACAUCAAGGGUACUGGUACGGCGUCAGGAUAAUCCCCGUUGAGCCUAGGGCAGCAGCAGCAGCAGCUGAAACGCAACAACAAAAGACUCACUCGCCAGUGACGCCAUUUUCUGUGCGAAUAAAGAGCAGGUGGGGCAACGGCAUAAAACAGAUACGAGAAACAGGAAGAGGAGGCGGAGACAAUAGAGACUCAGCGAGAGAACACGGAAGCGUGUGUGGAGCGAGUUAGACCGCGAGGAUGAGCAGCCUGAUCAACUUCCUGAACCCCAAGCUCAAGCCCUCCGUGGAGAGUGACGCCAUUUGCGAGGAUGGCUUCACCGCGGCCAAUCUCAUUGCCGACGAUGCCGAGCAGCUGGAGCGGGGCUUCAUGUGCUUCACCGUCUGCAAGCCGCCCGUUGAGAUCGUUUUCGACUUCCCCAAGGCCGUCGACAUGAAGGUCAUCAAGCUCUGGCCCUCCAGCGGUGCCCUGCGCUCCACGGCCUUCGAGCUGCACGGUCGGCAUGAUGGCAUCUGGGAGCGCGUGGCUUUCGUGCGGGACCUGGGACGUGGCGUUGACUCGGUGACCUUCUGCUACCAGAGCGACUACAAUUCGCGAAGCAGCUCCAAUGCCGCCGCUGCCUCGGGGCAACCGCAGAGCGAGAAGGUUUUCUUCUUUAAAUCUGCUCACAAGAUCCUAGCCAGCACCAACAGUGUCAAGGUGGUCAUUCGGGCCACCGAACGCUGUCCUCCGAUUCUGCGCAAGGUACAAAUGUGGGGCUUGCCUGCCCGCUCGUUGGACAAGGCGGACAGGGAGCUGGUGAAGAGCAUCUGGAGCGAGAUUAGCGAUCCCUACGGCCAACGUGAUGCCUCACAGGGAAAUACUGGACAGCGUUCGCCCCCCCGACACGUCCCCGAGCUGAGGGAGCAGUCUUCGUUAUCCAUACCGGAGGAAUUCCUAGACUCCAUUACCUGGGAGCUAAUGAUAUUCCCCACCGUAUUGCCCUCCGGCAAGGUGGUGGACCAGUCCACCAUCGACAAGCACGCCGAAGAGGAGGCCAAGUGGGGCCGCCAGCCAUCGGAUCCUUUUACUGGCCUCGAGUACAAUGCCCAGCGCAAGGCUAUUCUUAACUUGGCGCUGAAGGCACGCAUCGAAAAGUUCCUCAUGGAGCACUCUGAGCACUUUAAGGCGGUGCCGCGUUCCCUGGGUUCUUCCCGUCUGCGUCGCCGCCAUGCCUCGCAGUUCGCCAGCAGCAUGUGUCAGCCAGGCCAGAUUAGUCCGGCAGCUGGCACAUACUCGGCACUGAGCAGUGCCUACAAGCAGCAGCAGCGUAAGAGCCGGGCCACUGCCACAGCCACUUCCUCAUCGGCUGCUCUCAGUGGAUCACCGCAUUCGCCGCCGGCGGCCAAAAGGGCAAGGCACAGCAACAAUGGCACUACGGCCUGUGCCACAGUGACGGCCAGCAGCGCAUCUACCUCGACCUCAACAUCAUCAUCCUCCAUAGACCAGGCUAUCCAGCAGGCCCUGCAGAAGGUUACGCGCUUUAGCCAGGUGGCAGUGGCCACCUCUAGCUCCAGUUUGGCUUCCUCAGCAGCACCGGCCAACUGCAUCAACUGUCGUAGCGCCCAGUUUGGCUAUGAGAUCCGCACCUGCCGUCACCUGGUCUGUCGGGAGUGUCUGGUCCUGCUAUCGCGCGAUCAAGUGUGCGUCUGCAAGGUCUCCUUCCGUGGCGCCGAUGUGGAGCGGUACCAUAAGCUGGAUCCUUAAGGCAUUGCCGGCCGCCCUUUUCAUGAUCGGCCCGCCCGAUCGCUGCAAUAAGCUCGGUUCGCUCCUUUUGUUCAGUUUGUAAGCCAGUCAAUCGCUUUAGCCCCUAGGCCUCGUCUACAUCUACUUUAGCUUAUAGUCAUAUCAGGAGUCGGUCUGAGUCUGGAGUCGUCGCUGAAGAAGAAGCCAAAUGUGUACACGCGAGUCGUUCCCGAUGAUUCGGAAGUAUGUAUCAGUAUCAGGUCACGUUUAGUCAUAGAGAACAGAUUACGAUUAGCAUAUAGAGAUGAGUCCGCGCGCAUAGUUUUUGUAGACACUUUAUAUACACAUAAGUUCCCGAGAGAUGGGAUCGUACAGCGCGAGUUUAUAUAUAUAUUCAUACCAAUUAUGCAUAGAAUAAAGAACAACUACAAAUAUAA